GCAUGCGCAUUCAAGUCGGCAACCAAAAUCGAAAAUAAAGUAUUAGACAAUUUUAAUACCCGAGAAGUUUUAAUUAAGUCUCACUGGAACACUAUGUCUGUCCUGAUCGUUUCUGCUGCAAGGACACCUAUAGGGUCGUUCAACGGAUCUCUAAGUUCCUUUACUGGCAGUCAACUUGGAACAAUAUCAAUUCUAGAAUGCAUUAAAAGGAGCGGAUUAGUGCCAGCUGAUGUUCAUGAAGUUAUUAUGGCUCAUGUACUAACUGCUGGUGAAGGUCAAAAUCCAGCCCGCCAGGCAUCUGUUAACGCUGGUGUACCACACUCUGUUCCGGCAUGGAGCGUGAACAUGGUCUGUGGUGGAGGAUUGAAAGCUGUAGCACUCGGUGCUCAAAGUAUCAUGUGUGGCAAUUCUGCAAUUGUUGUAGCAGGUGGUCAAGAAAGUAUGAGCCAAGCACCUCACCUUAUCCACUUAAGAAGCCCUCAUAAAAUGGGAGAUACGAAGAUGGUGGACUCUGCUCUAAAUGACGGUCUAGUUGAUGCAUUCGGCAAAAUGCCUAUGGGCAUAACAGCAGAAAAUAUCGCGGAAAGGUGGUCCAUCUCUAGAAAAGAACAAGACGAAUUUGCUCUUCAAUCUCAAUUAAAGUGCGAAACAGCUCAAAAAUCUGGAGCAUUUGACGCAGAGAUAGUUCCCGUGCAUAUUAAAACUCGUAAAGAAACAAUCGUUGUUGACAAAGAUGAAUUCCCAAGAUCCGGUUGCACGAUAGAAGGAUUCGAAAAACUACGCCCAGCUUUUAAACCAACUGGAACUGUAACUGCUGGAAAUUCUUCUGGAAUAAAUGAUGGUUCAGCCGCUGUUCUUCUAAUGAACGCUGAAGAGGCAGGAAAGAGGAAUAUCAAGGGUUUAGCAAAAAUUGUUUCUUGGGGUCAGACUGGUGUUGAUCCUGCCAUAAUGGGUAUUGGACCUAUCUCAGCUGUAACCCAAGCUCUAGCAAAAGCAAAUUGGACGAAAGAUGAAGUUGACUUAUACGAACUAAACGAAGCUUUCGCUGCCCAAUCAAUUUGUGUUAUUCGUGAAUUAGGUAUUGAUAUCAACAAAGUUAAUGUUAAUGGGGGUGCUAUUGCUCUUGGACAUCCUAUUGGAGCAUCUGGAUCUAGAGUUUUGGUAACUUUAUUAUACGCUCUUAAAUCUAGGGGCCUCCGUAAAGGUGUCUGUGCAUUAUGCAUAGGUGGUGGAAUGGGAAUAGCACUUUGCGUUGAAAUGUGUUAAAAUUGAAUAGCAAAAAUAAUUUUCUAUAUCAAAGCAUAAACUAAAAAUUGAUUUAAAACUAACUAAAUAAAUGUUCUCUUUAUUGUUUCAA